UGGAUUUGGUAUUUUAUACCAUAUGUGAAGAUGUUAACAAACAUUUUUCAGUCAUCCUGUGUUCAUUGCCCAACGUUAAAGUGGACUGGCGAUGCUAUUACCAGCAGACAACAGAGGGAGACAUGUGUAUUAAAUGAAGCCAAGGUGGAGUGUUAGAGUGAAAGUAAAUAUUGAUUGACUGCAUUUCGGAACAGAGAAUUUAUCGGGAAGCAUUAGCGUGCACAUGCAUCAACCUCUCUACAAAUAAACGGAAUUGUAUUUACUGUGUCAUCAUUUGAAAUGACAUUUGUCUGAAUUGAAGAUAGUAGCUAAUACUACUUUAACAAAAAGCUUUUAUCUAAUUACGAUCAUUGCGAGUGACUUAACAAUGCAGGGCAGUAUCAUGCAAACCAAUUGACAUGUCGACAUUCCUCGAUAAAAGUCGGCAUUUGAUAUGACAUACUGAGACUGCUAGCUGGAUUGACGUGACGCAGCAAUAGUUUCUCUCACCAUGUCUCGUGUUCAGCCACAGCAGGCAUCAUCUUCAUCUUCAUCUGAUGGAAAGAAAGAAACAACCAACUCAAGAUCUGUCCUACAACUACUUAGACCAGGGUUAAUCUUGAUGCGUGUUUGUGGAAUAAGCACUGGUCCACAUGUUACUGUGGAGAAUAUAGGAUGUACUGACGACCGUUUCAGACUGCUUCACAAAGAUGGCUGGUUCCAUAUACUCUACUGUGUCCUCAUAAACUCAUAUCUUUGGAUCUACACAGGAAUACUUGCCUGUAACGUUGCACUACUUGUACCGAUGUCAAGCGAAUGGAUAAUAGUUUUUCAAAUAAUGGCUCUGAAUUGUAUGGCAUCUGGGUUGUGUACUUGGGCCUCACUGAACUAUCGAGAUGCAACAUACCAGUCUUGGUGUAAGGAUUUCUAUUUAUAUGAACAACGUUAUGGUGUUCAUGAAAAUAUGAAAAACAUGGUAAAGAAAAGCAGGAUGGUUGUUGCGUUUGUGAUGUCCUCUGGUAUUUGUGUGACAGGAGUGAUGUUCACGUAUGUCCUUGUCAUCCAAGAAGUUGGAGAGCUUACUUUCGUUAAUGCUUUGGGAUGGUUGAACUAUUUGAUAUCAAUCAUCAAUUAUUUCAUUUACUCCAUUUUAACAACGAGUUCUUUUGUGGGUGCAGUGAUUGGAACAUACCCUCUUUGUUCUGAACUUGACGUGAUAAACAUAAUUAUGAAACGAUGCGUCGAACAAAACAUGAAUCAUCAAGAAAACCAGACAUUCAGAUCGGAAUGUGCCCCUGAAUAUCAGUGUGUAAAACUAACGGACAUAAUACGUCGACAUAAGCACAUCUGUUCUUUAAUAUCUGGGUAUGGUGACUCUAUUGCAUACUUUCAAUUCGGAACGUUUUUCAUGUCACUGCCGCUGUCAUGCUUUUCACUGUAUGUCCUCCUGACACGUAUGGAAUCACAAAAUAAUGUUUUUCUGUGUACGUUUAUCCUGGUCUCUUGCAGUGUGUCGUUCAUCGUGAUGUCCGUGACAGGCGUGAGGGUCAACGUAAAGGCUCAUGCUGCACUUCAAUGCGUCUUAAAGAUCUCGACGGCCGACCUCAGCGAAACAACCAUGAGAGAAGUGAACCAGUCCACAAGCCUGCUCACUGGGACAACAAUUGGCUACAGCGUGUAUGGUCUCUUUACCAUCACUCCAUCGAAUCUUCUAACGAUUGUUGGAACUUUGGUUACCUACUUUGUCGUGGUUCUGCAGUUUCGUGCGCCAGACUGCGAGACGAGUCUUGACAUAUUGUGGCAGGAUCUGGUGGCCAAUGUUACUCUACUUCUGGAGGGUAUGCGUAAUGCCACGUCACAUACAUAGGUGCAUUUACACAUCAUGUAAACAUGUGCCUAUUAUUUCUUCAACAACUUCUUCUUGUUGCUUCACUGUCGAUAUUAUUUUCAGUGUGCUAGUAAAACUAUAUAUUAUGUCUGUUGAAACAAUUGUGGGUAAGGUAGACAUCUUGAUUGGUUUGGAAGUUUACAUUUUGCAAUGGCAUAAUACCGUUUAAUUAAA